AUGAAGGGCGGUCCUAAGGCCCUCCGCUGUCUGUGCGUGGACUACUACAUCUCAGUCUACCUCAUAGAUCUCCAACACUACCUGAAUCCCAUACCACCUCAACCUACCCUCACAACUCCAACACUACUGGAAUCCCAUACCAUCUCAACCUACCCUCACAACUCCAGCACUACCGGAAUCUCAUACCACCUCAACCUACCCUCACAACUCCAACACUACCGGAAUCUCAUACCACCUCAACCUACCCUCACAACACCAACACUACCGGAAUCCCAUACCACCUCAACCUACCCUCACAACUCCAACACUACCGGAAUCCCAUACCACCUCAACCUACCCUCACAACUCCAGCACUACCGGAAUCCCAUACCAUCUCAACCUACCCUCACAACUCCAACACUACCUGAAUCUCAUACCACCUCAACCUACCCUCACAACUCCAGCACUACCGGAAUCCCAUACCAUCUCAACCUACCCUCACAACUCCAACACUACCGGAAUCCCAUACCAUCUCAACCUACCCUCACAACACCAACACUACCGGAAUCCCAUACCAUCUCAACCUACCCUCACAACACCAGCACUACCGGAAUCUCAUACCACCUCAACCUAUCCUCACAACUCCAGCACUAUCGGAAUCCCAUACCAUCUCAACCUACCCUCACAACACCAACACUACCUGAAUCUCAUACCACCUCAACCUACCCUCACAACACCAACACUACUGGAAUCCCAUACCAUCUCAACCUACCCUCACAACACCAGCACUACCGGAAUCCCAUACCAUCUCAACCUACCCUCACAACUCCAACACUACCGGAAUCUCAUACCACCUCAACCUAUCCUCACAACACCAGCACUACCGGAAUCCCAUACCAUCUCAACCUACCCUCACAACUCCAGCACUACCGGAAUCCCAUACCAUCUCAACCUACCCUCACAACUCCAACGCUACUGGAAUCCCAUACCAUCUCAACCUACCCUCACAACUCCAACGCUACUGGAAUCCCAUACCACCUCAACCUAUCCUCACAACACCAACACUACCGGAAUCCCAUAUCAUCUCAACCUACUCUCACAACACCAACACUACCGGAAUCCCAUACCAUCUCAACCUACUCUCACAACACCAACACUACCGGAAUCCCAUAUCAUCUCAACCUACUCUCACAACACCAACACUACCGGAAUCCCAUAUCAUCUCAACCUACUCUCACAACACCAACACUACCGGAAUCCCAUACCAUCUCAACCUACCCUCACAACUCCAGCACUACCGGAAUCCCAUACCAUCUCAACCUAUCCUCACAACUCCAGCACUACCGGAAUCCCAUACCAUCUCAACCUACCCUCACAACUCCAACACUACCCACUACCGGAAUCCCAUACCACCUCAACCUACCCUCACAACUCCAACACUACUGGAAUCUUUACCACCUCAACCUACCCUCACAACUCCAACACUACCGGAAUCCCAUACCAUCUCAACCUACCCUCACAAGUCCAACGCUACUGGAAUCCCAUACCAUCUCAACCUACCCUCACAACACCAGCACUACUGGAAUCCCAUACCAUCUCAACCUACCCUCACAGCUCCAACACUACCGGAAUCCCAUACCAUCUCAACCUACCCUCACAACUCCAGCACUACCGGAAUCCCAUAUCAUCUCAACCUAUCCUCACAACUCCAGCACUACCGGAAUCCCAUACCAUCUCAACCUACCCUCACAACUCCAACACUACCGUAAUCCCAUACCAUCUCAACCUACCCUCACAACUCCAGCACUACCGGAAUCCCAUACCAUCUCAACCUACCCUCACAACUCCAACACUACCGUAAUCCCAUACCAUCUCAACCUACCCUCACAACUCCAACACUACCGUAAUCCCAUACCAUCUCAACCUACCCUCACAACUCCAGCACUACCGGAAUCCCAUACCAUCUCAACCUACCCUCACAACACCAACACUACCGGAAUCCCAUACCAUCUCAACCUACCCUCACAACUCCAGCACUACCGGAAUCCCAUACCACCUCAACCUACCCUCACAACUCCAACACUACUGGAAUCUUUACCACCUCAACCUACCCUCACAACUCCAACACUACCGGAAUCCCAUACCAUCUCAACCUACCCUCACAAGUCCAACGCUACUGGAAUCCCAUACCAUCUCAACCUACCCUCACAACACCAGCACUACUGGAAUCCCAUACCAUCUCAACCUACCCUCACAAGUCCAACGCUACUGGAAUCCCAUACCAUCUCAACCUACCCUCACAACACCAGCACUACCGGAAUCUCAUACCACCUCAACCUACCCUCACAACACCAACACUACUGGAAUCUCAUACCACCUCAACCUACCCUCACAACUCCAACACUACCGGAAUCCCAUACCACCUCAACCUAUCCUCACAACUCCAGCACUACCGGAAUCCCAUACCAUCUCAACCUACCCUCACAACACCAGCACUACCGGAAUCUCAUACCACCUCAACCUAUCCUCACAACUCCAACACUACCGGAAUCCCAUACCAUCUCAACCUACCCUCACAACUCCAGCACUACCGGAAUCCCAUACCAUCUCAACCUACCCUCACAACUCCAGCACUACCGGAAUCCCAUACCAUCUCAACCUACCCUCACAACACCAGCACUACCGGAAUCCCAUACCAUCUCAACCUACCCUCACAACACCAGCACUACCGGAAUCCCAUACCAUCUCAACCUACCCUCACAACACCAGCACUACCGGAAUCCCAUACCAUCUCAACCUACCCUCACAACUCCAACGCUACUACCGGAAUCCCAUACCACCUCAACCUACCCUCACAACACCAGCACUGCCGGAAUCUCAUACCACCUCAACCUACCCUCACAACACCAGCACUACCGGAAUCCCAUACCACCUCAACCUACCCUCACAACACCAGCACUACCGGAAUCCCAUACCAUCUCAACCUACCCUCACAACACCAGCACUGCCGGAAUCUCAUACCACCUCAACCUACCCUCACAACACCAGCACUACCGGAAUCCCAUACCAUCUCAACCUACCCUCACAACACCAGCACUACUGGAAUCCCAUACCAUUUCAACCUACCCUCACAACUCCAGCACUACCGGAAUCCCAUACCAUCUCAACCUACCCUCACAACACCAGCACUACCGGAAUCCCAUACCAUCUCAACCUACCCUCACAACACCAGCACUACCGGAAUCCCAUACCAUCUCAACCUACCCUCACAACUCCAGCACUACCGGAAUCCCAUACCAUCUCAACCUACCCUCACAACUCCAGCACUACCGGAAUCCCAUACCAUCUCAACCUACCCUCACAACUCCAACACUACCGGAAUCCCAUACCAUCUCAACCUAUCCUCACAACACCAGCACUACCGGAAUCCCAUACCAUCUCAACCUACCCUCACAACACCAAACCGGAAUCCCAUACCAUCUCAACCUACCGUCACAACUCCAACACUACUGGAAUCUCAUACCACCUCAACCUACCCUCACAACUCCAGCACUACCGGAAUCCCAUACCAUCUCAACCUAUCCUCACAACACCAGCACUACCGGAAUCCCAUACCACCUCAACCUACCAUCACAACACCAGCACUACCGGAAUCCCAUACCAUCUCAAUCUACCCUCACAACUCCAGCACUACCGGAAUCCCAUACCAUCUCAACCUAUCCUCACAACACCAGCACUACCGGAAUCCCAUACCAUCUCAACCUACCGUCACAACUCCAACACUACUGGAAUCUUUACCACCUCAACCUACACUCACAACUCCAACACUACUGGAAUCUCAUACCAUCUCAAACUACAUGUACCUCAUACUAUCUCAGCCUACUCAAUGUCAUAUCGACAUAUCUCCUGUACCAUAACCGCGACCUUAGAGAUAUCAGUAUAACAUAG